GGCGCUGCCAUGGCUCCGUUCCGCUGCGGCCCGGCGUGGUGGCGCGUCCUGGCCCUGGCCGUGCUCGGCCCCGUGCUCUGCGGCCGCCCGGCGCGGGCCGAGCCGGAGCUGGAGCCGGGCCCGGCGGCGGCGGGGGACCCGCACGGGCGGCACCUCUACAGCGCGGAGAUGCUGCGGCACGGCGCUGCCGCCGCUCCGCACUUCGUCAUGUUCUUCGCCCCGUGGUGUGGACAUUGUCAGCGCCUCCAGCCAACUUGGAAUGAUUUGGGAGAUAAAUACAACAACAUGGAAAACCCACAGGUCUAUGUUGUUAAAGUGGAUUGUACUGUAGAUAUUCCACUGUGCUCUGAAUUUGGCGUGCGAGGAUACCCUACGCUAAAGUUGCUUAAACCAGGACAAGAACCUCUGAAAUACCAAGGCCCUAGGGACUUCCAGGCACUGGAAAACUGGAUGUUGGAGAAACUAAAUGAGGAACCAUCUGAGCCAGGAUCUGAUGUGGAACCACCAAAAGCCCCUGAACCUAAGCAGGGAAUGUAUGAACUCUCAGCAGACAAUUUCAAGAUGCACAUAGCAGAAGGUAAUCACUUCAUCAAGUUUUUUGCCCCUUGGUGUGGUCACUGCAAGGCUUUGGCCCCAACCUGGGAACAGCUGGCUCAAGCCUUUGAGCAUUCGGAAACUGUCAAGAUUGGUAAGGUCGACUGUACCCAGCAUUAUGAAGUCUGCUCUGAAACCCAAGUUCGUGGUUAUCCCACACUCCUCUGGUUUAGGAACGGUGAAAAGGGUGACCAGUACAAAGGGAAGAGGGACUUCGAUUCCUUAAAAGAAUAUGUGGAUUCCCAACUACAGAGCUAUGGGAAAGAGCCACCAGCAGACAAACCUGCUGAGGCCUCACAGCCACCACCUGCAGAGCCCACCCAUGUUGAGGCUGCAGUGCUCUCUCUCUCUGAAAAAGACUUUGAUGCAACCAUUGCCAGGGGGAUCACCUUUAUUAAAUUCUAUGCUCCAUGGUGUGGUCACUGUAAGAACUUGGCUCCAACCUGGGAGAACCUUGCCAAAGAGCAAUUUCCAGGUUUGACUGAUGUCAAAAUAGCAGAAGUAGACUGCACUGUGGAACGUAACGUCUGCAACAGAUUUUCUGUACGUGGUUAUCCUACACUUCUGCUUUUCCGAGGUGGAAAGAAAGUCAGUGAACACAAUGGAACGAGAGACCUUGAAUCACUGCAUAGCUUUGUCUUGCGUCAGGCAAGGGAUGAAUUGUAAUAAAAGUCUGGAUGCUCUGUC